AUGCCGGGAUACGCCAAAUUCAUGAAAGAACUGGUUACAAAGAAAAGGUGCUUGGAAUAUGAAACGAUAAAGGUGCCCCAUAGUUGCAGUGCAAUUAUGACAAAUGAUUCAAUAACUAAGAGAAAAGAUCUUGAAGCAUUCACAGUCCCGUGCAUGAUUGGCAUGCUCCAAUUUGCUAAUGCCUUGUGCGACUUAGGGGCAAGUAUCAACUUGAUGCCUUAUGCAAUAUACAAGAGACUUGGUUUGGGUGAACCAAAGGCAACCACAAUGAGACUCCACAUGGCUGAUCGAUCAAUCAAGCACCCAAUGAGAAUACUCUAUGAAAUAUUAGAAAAAGUGGAUCGGUUCAUCUUUUCGACUGAUUUUGUGAUUCUAGACUGUGAGAUCGAUGUUGAAAUUCCCAUUAUUUUGGGAAGGCCUUUCUUAGCUAUAGGGAGAGCACUGGUGGAUGUUGAAAGCAGGAAAUUGAAGUUCUGUGUGAAUGAUGAUGUGGUGACCUUCAAUAUAUGUAAGUCCAUGAAGCAACCAAGUAACAUCCAUGUGGUGUCCACUAAUGAUGUGAUAGAUAAGGCAGUGGCAAGUGUGAGUCAUUUAAUGCUCAAGAAUGAGCCCCUUGAAUAUGUGGUUGCUAAUUAUGAUGAAUCCGAAGUUCAGGGUUACGAGGAAGUGGUAGAUGCUUUAUCAAUAUUAGGAGCAUAUUCAUGGAAUCCAAUCAAAUUGGAUAUCUAUCUGAAAAAUAGAGAAAGUCCCCCUGCUAAACCAUCAGCAGAAGAACCACCGAAUUUGGAUUUAAAAGUCCUACCCUCACAUCUCAAAUAUGUCUUCUUAGGAGCCAAUAAUACUCUACCGGUAAUUAUUGCCGCCAAUCUGCUUGAAAGGCAGGUGAAAUUUCUCAUUGAAGUACUGCGGAAGCACAUAAAAGCUAUUGGAUGGACAAUAGCCGAUAUAGUAGGAAUUCGUCUUGGCAUCUGCACUAACAAAAUCUGGCUCGACAAGGAAUGCAAGCCUAGUGUGGAACAUCAACGGAGAUUAAACCCUCCAAUGCAAGAGGUGGUAAAAAUGGAAAUCAUCAAGUGGCUAGAUGCAGAGGUGAUAUACCCUAUUGCAGAUAGUAUUGUUCUUGGGCAUAAGGUGUCACAAAAGGGGCUGGAGGUUGACAAGGCAAAGAUUGAGGUCAUUGAGAAAUUACCGCCACCGAUUUCAGUAAAAGGUGUUCGCAGCUUCUUAGGGCAAGCAGGAUUUUAUAGAAGGUUCAUUAAAGAAUUCUCAAAGAUUGCACUCCCAUUAUGCAAACUCCUAGAGAAGGAAGUGAAAUUCCACUUUAAUGAUGUUUGUAUUGCUUUAUUUCAGUGUUUGAAAGAGAAACUAAUAUCCACCCCGAUCAUCAUCAUCCCUAAUUGGUCCGAAUCUUUUGAGUUAAUGUGUGAUGUCAGCGGUAUGGCACUAGGGGUUGUGUUGGGGCAGAAGCGCAAGAAACUAUUUUACCCAAUCUACUACGCAAGAAAGACUCUAAAUAGUGCCCAACAAAAUUAUACGAUCACCAAACAAGAGUUGCUUGCAGUAGUCUAUGCAAUUGAAAAAUUCAGGGCGUACUUUCUAGGCACCAAAGUAAUCGGACACACUGAUCAUGCUGCACUCCGUUAUUUAAUGGCAAAGAAAGAUGCAAAACCAUGA